CAGACUGUGGUGAAUGAGUUUUUGAUGGUGGAAAGUGGAGGGGCUCACAAACUAGAAGAAGAUAAAAACAGAAGAUGUCUGCUCGUGAUCAGAUGAGUAAGAUGUUAGACCAACUAAUGGGACAGAAUAGAGACGUAUAUACAAUACUACAGAUCAGACCUUUGAUUAAUUGUGUUAAUGAAAUGAUUCAUUCCUUGUGUUAUGAUCACUGUUAAUUGACGUGAGUUAUAGUGGCCGUGAGUUAACCAAAGCACGACAUUUUAGGUGGGAGGGACGAAUGGGUAGGGACAAGGCUAUAAAAACAUGUAUACAUUACAUUAUUAUUAUUAUACGUUAUUUAUGUUUCAAUGUGUGCUUAAACUUUUAUUAUCUCUACCGUACCUGAUUCUGUAGACCAUUUCCCUUCCUCUAGGAAACGAUAAAAAUAAAGAGAGACGCUUUUCUGAUUCUGACGUCUGUCGGCCAUUUUUAUUGGGCAUAUGUAUAAACGAGCUCUUUAUUAAUACUCGUGAAGAGAUGGGUGAUUGCAAUAAAAUACACUCAAUUGCAUUGAAGAAUGAGUACGAGAGAGCACAGCAAAGACGGGAUUAUCACUACGAGGAAGAAGUUUUGGAGUAUCUUCAGUCGUUUAUCAAAGAGAACGAGAGGAAGAUCGAAACCAACAAGAAAAGGAUCGAAAAUGUUGAGGAAGACACAGUCCAGCAAAAACUAGCUCAAGAGAUUCACGAGUGUGCUGUCCUUAUUGGCGAGAAGGUCACAAAGUCGGAGGCCCUAGGGAGCGAGGGCAACAUUGACGAGUCUCUACUUGUCCUCCAACAAGUCGAAGAGAUCAAAUUGAAAAAGAAGAAACUUGAGGACGAAUAUCACUCUCAUUUGCCUCGUCAUGCACAGCAGCAGCAGAAACUGAGAGCCUGUGAAGUUUGUGGGGCAUUUCUUAGUAUGUAUGAUAAUGAUAGAAGGUUGGCUGAUCAUUUUGGUGGGAAGCUUCACAUGGGGUUUGUUCAGAUAAGGGAGAAGAUGGAGUCCUUGGAAGAGAUCAUAGCAAAGAAGAAAGAACGGUUGGAGAAGGAAAGAGAAGAGAGGAAGAUGAGAAGGAGCAGGAGCCGUAGUAGAGAAAGACCAUUAAAAGAUACCGAGGAUGGUGAAAGAAACAGAGACAGGGAUAGAGACAGAGAGAGAAGCAGGGAUAGGGACAGAGAGAGAAGCAGAGACAGAGAUAGAGACAGAAGCAGGGACAGAGAUAGGAAUAGAAGCAGAGAUAGAGAUAGAGACAGGGAUAGAUCGCAGAGGAGAAGUUAUUCUAAUCAAGACAGACGCGAAAGAGAUAGAUACAAUGGGUCAAGAGGACGCAGUAGGAGCAGGAGUAGAGAAAGACGUUGAUAGAAAAUAUUUAAAAAUACACUAAAAUUUAAAUUAAGAUGCUCCUCCUUUUCACCUCCUCUUUUCUUUAUAAUGAACAAAAAAAUUAAAA